UGGUUCUUUCCUCCAUUGACACACAUACAGACCAAUAGCUGACUCCCUGUUUGGCUUUAGCCACUGUAAAAACACGACGGUAUAACUACGUUGUUAUAAAGCAGUUCAUAUUAAAGCUGGUCAGAGUGGAGCAGCGAAUCUGAAAGUUCAAAAUGUCCCGGGAACAGCUCGCUGUGCAACGGGCCAGAAAGUCUUUCCAGACAGGAAACACCAAGCCUCUGGAGUACAGGAUUCACCAGCUGAACAGUCUGCUCCGCUUCAUCACAGAGAGACGGAGGGACAUCGCAGAUGCUGUUAAAAGGGACCUCGGCAAGAGUGAACAUGGGACGGAGCUGUUUGAGACUCUGGGACUGGAGGGAGAGAUCAAGCUGGCUAUAGAGAAGCUGGCAGAGUGGGCAGCUCCUCGGCCGGUUGAGAAGAACCUCCUCACCAUAUCAGAUGAGGUUUAUGUUCAGCCAGAGCCCCUGGGAGUGGUCCUCAUUAUUGGAGCCUGGAACUACCCCUGGGCUGUCACACUCCAGCCACUGGUUGGCGCUAUCGCUGCAGGUAAUGCAGCUGUAAUAAAGCCAUCUGAAGUCAGCUCACACUCUGCCAAGGCCAUGGAGGACCUUCUCCCUCAGUAUCUAGACAAAGAUCUGUACCCGGUAGUGACAGGUGGAGUGGCAGAGACCCAGGAGCUGCUGAAGCAGAGAUUUGACCACAUUUUCUACACAGGCAGCAGCACUGUUGGUAAACUGGUGAUGGAGGCUGCUGCUCGCCACCUCACCCCAGUGACCCUGGAACUGGGAGGGAAGAGUCCCUGCUACAUCGACAAGAACUGUGACAUCACUGUUGCAUGUCGGCGCGUCACGUGGGGAAAAUUUGUCAACUGUGGUCAGACGUGCAUUGCUCCAGACUAUGUUCUAUGUGAACCCUCCAUCCAGAGCAGAGUAGUGGAGGAGAUCAAGAAGAACAUCAAGGAAUUUUACACAGAUAAUCCAAAGACAUUUGAGGAUUAUGGACGGAUUGUCAACCAGCGACACUUUAAGAGGGUCAUGUCUCUGAUGGAGGGGAGCACAGUUGCUGUUGGUGGAGACAGUGAUGAAUCCCAGUGCUACAUAGCCCCGACUGUGUUGAAAGAUGUUACAGGGGAAUCUAAAGUGAUGAAGGAGGAGAUCUUUGGGCCUCUGCUGCCCAUCAUCACAGUGAGCGGUGUAGAUGAGGCCAUCCAGUUUAUUAAUGAGAGAGAGAAACCGCUGGUUAUCUAUGUCUUCUCCCAUAACAAGAAGCUGAUCAAAAGGGUAAUAGCUGAGACAUCCAGCGGAGCUCUGCUGGCUAAUGACUGUCUGGUCCAUUUUACUGUCAGCGCUCUGCCCUUUGGAGGAGUUGGUAACAGUGGUAUGGGCUGCUACCAUGGCCGGCACAGCUUCGAUCAGCUCAGCCACCUGCGGAGCUGCCUGAUCAAACAGCUGAAGAUGGAGGGAGUGAACAGCAUGCGUUACCCGCCACACACUGCCAAGAAACUGGGCUGGGCUCGAUUCCUUCUGCUUAAGCAGGUCAAUGUGUGCAGGCUGCGCCGCAUGGCACUGCUGGCCAUGUUGGCUGGCUUGGCAGCAUUUGUGGUGCAGAGGUUCCUGAGAUGAGGCUUAGAUCCAGAAACCACUGGCCUACAGUUUGAACCCUGUGCUGGUGCAGGUGAUCCUGGGAUAGCCACAUGGACUCCUGCCCUAUAGUGAAAUAUAGCACUCCUGUGAUUUACUGGUCCAUAUCAUUUCUCCUUCAUGUACACAUAUGUAACUGAUUUACGUCCUUUUUCAUAUUUCUUUUUUUGUUACACCUCAAGCCGCUAAUGAAGGUUUUAUUGCCUUACAUCAGUUUUAUAGAAAUCAAAUCUAAUGUUUUUAUUCAACUUUGACAGUUUGCAGUGAAAAUUUCCAUCACUGCUAAUGAAUUUUGUCUCACUACACAAUGAAAUGAUCAUACACACAGACUACCUUUAACAUGCUCAGUGAAUAUGCUUUUAAUGAUGUCAGUUCUUAGCUCUGAUGUUAACUCUGUUACAAACUUUAUUUCAGUUUGAAUAGAAUUAAUUCUAUUGUGGUUUCUGCAAUUAAACAUCAACCAGUGUUACAAUUUA